AGGGAGACAGAGUUCAGUGGAGUAGGAAGCAGCAGCUGCCAUUUUAGCUGCACAGGACGCUGCUUUCCCUUUAAGCAUGGAGCACAGGCGAGCUGGAAGUUAACCAUCAGCUCAACGUCUCUACCUGGCUGGCUGUGCCAUGGUGACGAUGAAUCACCUGAGUGUAGAGGACCCAGACGACGGCUGUCCGCUGUUGCCCGAGGCCGCGCGGGCUGCAACGCCAACACCUCUCUCUCACUGGCAGCAAGCGAUCGCAAAUACUGACUCCGGGGGAUUUUCCCCUGGCAGGAGAGAAAACCUCGCCUUCAGUCUGCUGCUGCUCAUUGGAUGCUACUUGGCUAUUCUGAUUCCCGCGUAUCUCCCGUUGGAUAAAGUGGCAGAUCUAAGCGAUGACAACCAACAUCCCAAAGAUCUGGUCCUACUAAAUCGGUCCGCAUCCCUGCUUUCGGGCCCCUGUCAGCCUCGCUGGUGCAUGAACCACCUCAGGCUCUUGUCACUUUCUUCAGGCCUCCUAGAUAUCCCUGUGUUUGUGCAGCAGGAACAGUUUGAGCCAUGGGAUCUGCCCCCCCCUCUGGGGCUCCAGGGCAGUGAGAAGCAUCUGGCCCUUGCUCUUGCAUCUCUGCCUCAGCCAGGCCUGCCUGCGUCACUGAGGAGUGAAGGCAACUGCAGGCGCUGCGUGGUGGUGGGAAAUGGAGGGGUUCUAUAUGGGAGCCAUCUUGGAUCCCAUAUAGAUCAGUAUGACAUCAUAAUCAGGCUGAAUAACGCUCCCGUGAUCGGAUAUGAGAAAGACGCUGGUUCUCGCACCACGAUCCGCCUGAUUUACCCCGAAGCAGCACCGCACUCUGCAAAUGAGUACAAACACACCUCCAUGGUUGCUGUGGUUGUGUUUAAGAGUCUGGACCUGGACUGGCUCGCUUCUGUCGUUACCAAACAGCCUCUGAACUUCUGGUCCAAAAUGUGGUUCUGGAGGGAGGUAGUGGAUGAUAUUCCACUGAGACCCGAGAACUUCAGGAUCUUGCACCCAGAGAUUAUUCACAAGACAGGACAAAUACUACAGAAAUAUGGUCUCAAACAGGGAAACAUGGUGCCAACGCUAGGGGCCAGCGCAUUGGUGAUGGCUUUGCAGCUGUGUGACCAGGUGAGCUUGGCAGGUUUCGGAUACGACAUGCAGCACCCAGGCGCCAGACUUCACUACUACGAGAACAUUCGCAUGGAGGCUAUAAAGGCUCAGGUGGUGCACGACGUAAAUGCUGAAAAGCGCUUUUUGAGGGACCUGGUGGCUGCAGGAGUCGUGGCAGACCUCACAGGAGCUCUGUGAGUCAGUGCACUGACAUCAACAUGCACUCCUUCCUCUCACUGUGAGCCUGAGUGGACUCUUCCAAAAACGCGCCCUGCCGGAAGAAGCCUACAAAGUGUGAAUUAACCUUUAAAAUAAGUCUUCGGGGUUCACAAACGAGUGAGGAAAUUAGUUUAUGUUUGUGGUUUAUGAUUGGUGAGAUGUAACCCAGCAUAGUGAAUUAAUUUAUUCAAUCACUAUCUGUCAGACAAAGUCAUUUUACCCAUGGGUCAGCCGAGGACUACUGAUUUGUAAAAUGUAUGAGAUGGUUCAGAUUUCAAUUGUUCACAAUGACUCAAUAAAGAAAUGAAUGUGAGAA